GUAUCUACUUGCAGUAUUGUCUUAGCACUUCUUGUGUAGUUCCACGGCCGUAUUGCUGGACCAGCUAGAUCCUGCGACUACUCUACUUCCUUGUUGGACCAUCCGUGGACGUUGAUCGUCGGCACUUCUUCCCCACAACCACUCCUUUGCCUGUGGAUCUUCCUGCUACCUACAUAAAGUACCCGGGCUUCCUCGGAUCAUCGUCAACAGCAGCAUCUUCUCGUAGCGCAUUCACAUCUCUCUGGUUUUCCGGCAUCGUAGCAUACAGUCUUUCCAACAUGCUUUUCAAGUCCCUCAUCUUCGCCUCCACGGCAUCCGCAACAUGUCUUCACGGACUCUCGAUGUUCAAGCGCGCCGCUGGCAGUGAGAACGGUACCGUCGAGGUCAACACCUUCGGAUACGGUCCUCAAGACGGACCUUUCAACUGGGCCUCCCUCGCUCCUGAAAACGAAGCCUGCAAGGCCGGCACAAACCAGUCUCCCAUUAACAUUGGUACGGAAGAUCUUCCGGGCAAUCUGACAAGACGGAAUGUCAUAAUCCACAAGCGGGCUUGUGUUAACGAAACAACCUCAGAUGCCACCAUUGGCGCCGCUGCAGACCGACCCGUCGUGGAUAUCCCCGAGCAGGCGGUAGAGUUCGAGAACCUAGGAACCACCAUUGAAGUCGUCGUCAACGGCACGACGUCCUUCGAUGGAACAGACUUCCGUCUCGUGCAGUUCCACAUGCACACCCCAUCUGAGCAUCACAUCAAUGACGAGUACUUCCCGCUCGAAGUCCACAUGGUGCACCAGGGCGUCCUCGACAACACCCAACUCGCUGUCAUCGCCCUAAUGUUUCAAGUCUCAGCCUCCAACAGCGACCCCAUCAUCUCCGGGCUCAGCUCGAGCCUCGACGCCAUCGCCACCCCCGGCACCAAGACUUCCAUCGAAGAUGGUCUUGACUUCAGCAGCGUGCUGUCCAAGAUCGAGACCUCCGAUAUCCUGCAGUACAGCGGGUCUCUGACUACACCGCCGUGCGCCGAGGGCGUUACGUUCUUGGUGGUUAAGGACCCGCUCGAUGUCGGUGUGGAGGAUUUCAAUAAGAUUAAGAGCAUUGUUAAGUUCAACUCGAGGUUUAUCCAGAACACGCUUGGUGGGGAUAACAUGUUGGCAAUUGGUGCAAAUAGUGGUGCGGUAGCUGCGAACGCUACUGAAUAAGUGGAUGGUUUGACGACGGUGUUUGGCGUAAAUGGUGUUGUUGCACGAUGCAUA